UGAAGGCAGUGAGUGAUCAACCAGACGUGCUGAUACGUUUGAAAAAGGUUUGGAGAUACACAAAGCCGACACAGGAGAGGAGAUCAGUUGGUGUUCUCUGCUGGCCGGCCCUGGCCAAUUUGCUGCCCUAGGCAAGAUUUCACCUGAUGCCCCUGGAUUUUUGUUCAUAAACUUACACAGAAACAAACUGCACAGGGGGAACUGCACUGCAUUUCCACGCAGGCACUCGCGUGAACCAGCUCUACACAUCCUGCUUGGGGUCCUUCACAGCAACACCCUUCCAAGAUGGCAGCCAACAGUAGCAGCACGGGCAGCAAAUCCAGCAACAGCGCCGGUGGAAAACAGUCCGGCCCGUCUGCUGAACAGGUGGUGGCAACAUUUCAGAGGAUGCGUCAGGAGCAGCGCAGUAUGGCUUCUAAAGCUGCAGAGUUGGAGAUGGAGAUCAAUGAGCACAGCUUAGUAAUUGACACCCUGAAGGACGUGGACCCGUCAAGGAAAUGCUUUCGUCUAGUAGGAGGAGUGCUGGUGGAGAGGACGGUAAAAGAAGUUCUACCAGCCUUGGAAACCAACAAAGAACAGAUCUCCAAAAUAAUAGAGUCCAUCAACACACAGAUGCAGUCGAAAGGACGGGAGCUCACAGAGUACAGGGAACGUUACAACAUCCGGUUGGUGGGAGAGGGCGAAGGAGAAGCACAAGGCCAGUCGGCAGCAUCUUCCAGGGACAGCGAAGGAGGCGGGUCUAAAAGCGGAGCUGGCGUUUUAGUGUCCUAGCUUGUAGUAAUAGAGGGUGACAGCAGGGCCUUGUGAUUUCUGCAGUACUGAAAACAUAGUUGGAGUCACAAAAUGUAGGUUUUCACUUUUCACCGUAUGAGUUUGGUUUUGGAGAUUGGUGACAUGUCUGCUAAACAUAAUGCACUUGGUAUUGAAGUACUUUGCUUAUGUUCGUGAAUGCAUGCGUGUAAAAAAAUAAAUAAAGUUAAGGAUGUUGGUCAUACAUUUGCCUUUAAGCGGAGCUGACUUUUAGUUUCUGAAAUUCUGUGGCAUAAAUUAAAAAAUGUAAUUAAAAUCCUGAGUGCUUGUUUUAGUCUUACACUCAUUUACACAUGAGCGAGUAAAUAUUUUACUGUCUCAGAUUACAGAAAGCAUUUUUGCCCACAUUAAGAUAUAAUUGCCAAAGUGCUGGGUUCAAAAAUGGGUACAAAGUAGAUCGGUAUAUUUUUAAGUUCUUGAGAUUUUGCAUUUUGUAAGCUAUUUGACAAACAAUGUAAAAGUGAAAGCUUUCAUAAUGUCCUGGAAAACAUUUUGACAACGUGUUAUGAUAAUAAACAAAGAGAUUAUCCUGUAAACAUGUCACUGUAGAUCAAAAUGAAUGUGCCAGCUUUGUUCACCCUCCCCUCUGUGAAGCAUUUUAUUCAUGACCCGAACAUUGUUUUCACAGGUAUGCCUCACACACAGAGGCUGCUGUUUGUAUUCAUAAUGCUGAUUGUGAGGUCACUUUGCGUUCAGUGGUGUUAUGACUCGACCAGUGAGCGACAAGAAGUCUGUGCUGCCACCAAAACGUAAUAAUAAAGCCCCGUCAUUGGAAACACAAUAAAGCUUGUUGUAUUCUCUCUGA